AUGGCUAGUCAACAGCAAGUGGAUCCAAAGAAGCAGCAGGAGCUGCAGCUCCAGUACGGAAACUUCAAGAACACCCUUCAACAACUCGCGCAAAAGAUUGGCGAUAUUGAACAGGAGGCUGAGGAACACAAGCUCGUUAUCGAGACACUGGAUCCUCUGGCCGGUGACCGGAAAUGCUUCCGCAUGGUGAACGGAGUUUUGGUCGAGGGGACUGUGAAGGAUGUCCUCCCCACACUCAAGACAAAUUCGGACGGAUUGAAGCAGGUGUUGGAGGAGAUGCUAAAGCAGUACAAGUCAAAGCAGACUGAGCUGGAUACCUGGAAGGUAAGCGCAUUCCCGAUCGUGAGGGCUUGGAGCCCCAACCUGGGCAAGGCCCUCCUGUAUCUCCUUGAAGAGAUCAUGACCGGAGAUUGA